AUGGAGUACGACACCAAGACACCCGGCUACUCGACGGCCGACAAGACCUCGUUUGGAUGGACCACAGCGAGAGAAAGAUGGCCCAUUAUCAUAACCCAAGCCAUCGACGACGUCUACCGAACCACCUCGGGCAGCAAAGAUCCCGCCACGACCGAAGAGGGAAAGAAGAUCAUUGAUGAGCUGGCACGGUUGAAGUAUGAAGUCCAACACGACCGGCAGUUGGCCCCCAUACGGGACGAUGGGUUCACGGACGUCGAGAUCUACAACAAGGAGCUUGAGCAGCUCGGGAACCCAAGCUGGUUGAACGUCAACUGGCUGUACUGCGAGUGCUACCUCUUCAGGCGCAUCAGCACAUCCUUCGCUCUCUCCGAGCACUGGAAGAACUACGACGUCUUUGCCCGCCAAAAGAUCAAGACCUUCCGCUCCUCGCGCCCCGCUGUCAUCGAACUUGCCGCCCGCUAUAAGACUCUACUGAAGCAGCUCGAGGAGGGCCAUGGAAAGCCCUCAGACGAGGAGGCUGAAAAGAUCCUGUUCAUGGAGAUGUGCGAGAUCUGCCUCUGGGGAAAUGCCACGGAUCUGUCGCUCCUGACCAACCUCACUUACGAGGACAUCCAGAAGCUGCAGGGAUCCGAGGCAAGGAAGAAUGCCGAGAAGAAUAUCCUCGUCAACGAUCUGCCCGCUGUGUACGACCUGCUGAGGAAGGCCAAGGCCGAGGGCAAGGCGGAGCGGAGAGUAGACAUUGUGCUCGACAACGCCGGAUUCGAGCUCUUUGUUGACCUGAUCCUCGCCGGAUAUCUGCUCUCUUCGGGCCUGGCCACGCAUGUCGUCCUCCACCCCAAAGACAUCCCCUGGUUUGUCUCCGACGUCCUGCCCAGUGACUUUGCCGAGCUACUCAACGCCCUGGCGACCCCCAAGAAGUUCUACGAGACACCAUCAGAGGACGAGGAGCUUCAAAACAAGACGCCAGAGCCGCUGGCGGACAAGGAAGCUGAGGAUUUGUCCUUCCUGUUCCAGAACUGGAGCCAGCUCUAUGCAGAAGGAAAGGUUAUCUUGCGGCCAAAUCGCUUCUGGACACACCCGGGUAGCUUCUGGAGGCUGCCCAACGUAGCCAAAGAGCUAUACGAGGACCUCAAGACAAGUGAUGUGGUCAUCUUCAAGGGCGAUCUGAACUACAGAAAGCUCACUGGCGAUGCGCAAUGGGAUGCUUCAACGCCAUUCACCGAGGCCAUCGGCCCGCUGGGCCCUGGCUCAGGACUCAACGUUCUGGCUCUGCGGACUUGCAAGGCGGAUGUCGUCGUGGGCCUCCCCCCUGGAAAGGAUGAGGAGCUGCGUGCGAUUGAAGGAGGGGGCGGUGACUCUGGCGCGCGGAAGUGGGCAUGGAACGGCAAGUGGGCCGUGGUUUCGUUCUCAUCUGGGAAAUAA